AUGGCGCAAGUUACUUCGCACUGUGUUUGGCAUGCAGCAACGUGUAUCCCAGGCUGGAGGGAAUGACACGUUCGACUAUGAGCAAAAAUUUCCCGGAGACAAACAGUACGAGGAGCUGGGUCCAAUUGCCAGGGUGUGGAGAACAUACCUCGAAGAAUGUGCAAGAUUUGAUGCUGAGAUAGCGGAAGGAUGGAGGGAUGGAUUGGAUGUUUUGCUUGUGUUCGCUGGUCUUUUCUCUGCCGUGGUCACUACGUUUGUCGCACAGACGUCCCAGAGCCUUCAAGUCGACUAUGGACAAGUCACGGCGUCCCUGCUAUUCGAGCUCAUCGAUGUCCAGCGCGCAGCAGCUAAUGGUUCCAGCGUGAACAACGUCCCUCGUUCAGGCCUCACCCCAUUCUCAAACUUUCGUCCUACGAUUUCCGAUUCGUUAGUCAACGGACUGUGGUUCUCCAGUCUCUCAUUCAGUCUGGCUACCGCACUCUUCGCUGUCCUGACGAAACAAUGGAUCCAUCAGUACAUAGCAGUUCCAUCGGGCACGCCUCGAGAUAGAUGCCGUGUACGUCAAUUCCGAUACAUGGGACUACAGCAAUGGGGCGUGGGUUUUAUUAUUGGACUAUUACCGGUUCUGAUGAGUGCAUCACUUUGCGUCUUUUUAAUGGGUUUAGUUGUCUUUCUAGUCCCGCAGCAAGUAUUGAUUGCAUCUGUCGUUGGAGCUAUCACAUUCAUAUCCUUUGCUGCAUACUUCGUCACCAACUUCUUGCCCAUCAUAUACCCCUCGUGCCCAUACAAGACGCCCUUGUCACAGUACACUUUCCCUCUAUAUUCCUACAUUGUCCAUAACAGCAUCUUCACUUCAGUCAUCUCUCCGAUUUCCAGACACUGGUCUGGAUCUUCACCAGUUUCCGAAAAUCCUCCAAUUCGUACACUUCAAGAAGCAGAGCGUGAGGCUGUCAAGCUGAGUGCCGAUGAAACAGACGCGCGAGCCUUGUCCUGGUUGUUCUCCGUGUCAUCCAACCCUAGUGUUCAAAGAAUUGUUGCGGAAUCAACCGGUGCUUUACCGAUCCGAUCUGUGG